CCUUGUUUUCUUUCCUGCUUUGAUAGUCAAAAUUCCCAAGCUGAAGGAGAAGAAUAGGUAAGUAGACGGUGUGAUGAUGCCGUCGUCUUUGUAGUCAUUUCUAACCAUUUAAUUAAUGACCUUUGGCGGGGAGUUCCAAAUUACAUAUGCAUCCUCCGACGGUCAAAAAAUUAAUGGGCUCUCAGUUUGUGAUAACUGGUUAAAUUUUUCUUAAUCUCCCUCUUAUCGUCUCUCUCUCUCUCUCUCUCUCUCACAUGCGCACAUCAUAAGCAGAGAAGCGAGCUGAGCCGACAGUCAUCGACAGGGUAAAAGAUCCAUCCAGUUGUGGGUGAUCUGGAUUCUGAGUUUUUUGGUUUUUCUUUGUGGUGAGACUUCACUGUGGGGGAAGAUGGAGGGGGAUGAAGGGGAGAACUACCUGUUCAAGGUGGUGAUCAUUGGGGAUUCUGCGGUGGGGAAGUCGAACUUGCUGUCGAGGUUCGCUAGGAAUGAGUUCAACGCGAACUCCAAGGCUACCAUCGGGGUGGAGUUCCAGACGCAGAGCAUGGAGAUCGAGGGGAGGGAGGUGAAGGCGCAAAUCUGGGAUACCGCUGGGCAGGAGAGGUUCAGGGCCGUCACCUCCGCCUACUACAGGGGCGCAGUCGGUGCUCUCAUCGUCUAUGAUAUGACUCGCAGGGCCACCUUCGAGAAUGUGGAUCGUUGGCUCGAGGAGCUCAGGACCCACUCGGAUACCACGGUGGCGAGAAUCCUGGUUGGAAAUAAGUGUGAUCUGGAGAGUCUUAGGGAUGUGAGUGUAGAGGAAGGGAAGGAACUCGCUGAGAAUGAAGGGUUGUUCUUCAUGGAGACAUCUGCAUUAGAUUCAACAAAUGUUCAAGCUGCUUUUGAAAUUGUCAUCAAGGAAAUUUACAACAAUGUCAGCAGAAAGGUCCUGACUUCUGACACUUACAAAAAGGAAUUGUCUAUGAACAGGGUGAGCCUUGUUGAUGGCCAGAAGGAAGAGUCAGAGAAAAACAAGUCUUCCUGUUGCUAGGGGUUUGGUCUAUUUAUUUCAUUGUUUCAUUAUAUUUGCUUCUCAGUUGAUUCCAUCUCAAUGAGUGUUCCCAACAGAUUCUUACCUAGGAUUUGGUUUUGGGAUGGAAUCUCAUAAUAUUGUUUUCUUUGAUUUUUCGAUGAAUGGGCCCUUGGAUAUGUUAUUAGCUACUGCAUAAAAAGUACUGAAUUUUGUACCUGAUAGAACUCAACCUGUAUUAUUUGGUGUCAUUACUUUAAAAGGUUUGUAUUCUGAAAGAUGUGAUCAAAGUUUGAAACGGUUAAGAAUCUUAA